CACAGUGGACAGAGCAGAGGCGCAAAGACCGACAACAGCCACGCAGAGCAUUUACCAAGCAUUUUUAGAUAAUCUUACAGAAGUCACUGCAUGUGCUCCAACUUCACCACAGAGAUGAGAUAAACCUCCAAUAGACGAGACUAAUGCUUGCCGUCUAACAAGCGUGCUGCACAGAGUGUGACACAAAAAUGACAGUAUUGCUUGCAUAGGCAUUCUGCAAGGUUCGUUGUGAGACUAACUCCCCCUUCAUCAUCACACUGUGCGUUUCCUUCUUGGCGCUCUAAACUGAUCAUCAGUGGAAGUACUCCCGAGCUACAGCAGCCCAACUGUGACAUCCUUCCACUACACAGAGUGUGCUCAGGCUGGCUGGCUGCUGCACAGGCACCAUGGAGCAAAAAUCACCUAAGGAUGAGAGCACCGCCAAAGGACAAGAGUCUCUGUCCUACCAGCGGAGGAUGUGGAAGAAUUUCCAGGAGAAAACCAAGCCAUGGCUGAGUCCUAAACUGGGAUCGGAGCGCCGUGGUGCCGGGGGCGCGGAGGGCAGCAAGAAGGAAUCGGGGCUAUGGAUGUUUAAGAAGAAAAAGAAACAACUGGAUCGCGUGUUCUCGUCGUCUCAGCCGAAUCUGUGCUGCUCUACGCCGGUGUCCUUUGAAGGAGAUAAGAAGUCAAUGGGGGGCGACGCGGUCCCCGGCACCAGCAAAGACGGACAGCCCCUGCUACAUACCCUUGGCGCAGCUUCUGGGGCCACGGGGAGCAAGCCUGAGCUGACGGCUCACGGAAGCCCCAAACUCCCCGUAUCCCAGCUGAUCACGUACCAGCAGAAGAGCUCUUCUCUCGGCUCGGCGUGCUUCGAGAAACUGGUAGUAGACCCGGCCGCGGUGGUGGGAGAGGAGGAGCAGCUGCGUAAAAACGCAAGUGAUUCUGGCAUCAGCAUUGUGGGGCCCAGUAAUGCAGAACACUCGCCUCGACCUCCUAGUCCAGCCAUGUACCAGCUGGACAUCAUCCUAAAGAAAGGGAACAACCUGGCCAUCCGAGAUCGGACAGGCACCAGCGACCCAUAUGUGAAGUUUAAGAUCGCAGGGAAGGAGGUGUUCAGAAGUAAGACCAUCCAUAAGAACCUCAACCCGGUGUGGGAUGAGAGAGUAAGCCUACAUGUGGAAACCCUGAGAGACCCACUAUAUGUCAAGGUUUUUGACUAUGACUUUGGACUUCAGGAUGAUUUCAUGGGCUCAGCGUACCUCUACCUGGAGUCACUGGAACAUCAGAGGACACUGGAUGUCACGCUGGACCUGAAGGACCCACAGUACCCUGAACAUAACCUGGGCAGCCUGGAACUAGCUGUCACUUUGUCACCAAAGGAGGGAGACGUGAGGGAUGCUACCAUGCUUUUGAGAAGGAACUGGAAACGAUCUAGUAAGUAUCAGAGUAUGCGUCUGUCAGAUGUGCACAGAAAAGCCCAGCUGUGGCGAGGUAUAGUCAGCAUCAGUCUGAUAGAAGGUCGCGGCCUGCAGCCCAUGGAUGCCAACGGCCUCAGCGACCCCUAUGUCAAAUUCAGGAUGGGGCACCAGAAGUACAAAAGCAAGACAAUUCCCAAAACGCUGAACCCCCAGUGGAGAGAACAGUUCGACUUCCACCUGUAUGAUGAGCAGGGAGGCUAUGUGGACAUCACAGUCUGGGACAAAGAUGCUGGCAAGAAGGACGACUUCAUGGGAAGGUGUACCAUCGACCUGUCGCUCCUCAGUAAAGAACACACACACAAGCUGGACCUGCCACUGGAGGAAGGCGAAGGUUUGCUUGUGCUGCUGGUUACGCUCACUGCUUCCGCUGCCGUUUCUAUCUCAGACCUGUCAAUCAACAUGCUGGACGACCCGCAUGAGAGACACCAGAUCAUGCAGAGAUAUAGCCUAUGGAGGUCAUUUCACAACCUGAAAGAUGUCGGUGUGGUGCAGGUAAAGGUCAUCAGGGCUGAGGGACUGAUGGCAGCAGAUGUCACAGGUAAGAGUGACCCGUUCUGUGUGGUGGAGCUGAGUAACGAUCGGCUGCAGACUCACACCGUCUACAAAAACCUCAACCCAGAGUGGAACAAGGUCUUCACUUUUAACGUGAAGGACAUCCACUCGGUUCUCGAGGUCACUGUUUACGACGAGGACCGAGACAGAAGCGCAGAUUUCCUGGGGAAAGUGGCUAUUCCUUUACUAAAUAUCCAAAAUGGAGAACGCAAAGCCUACGCCUUGAAAAGCAAGGAGCUGACAGGGCCAACAAAAGGGGUCAUCUUUCUCGAAAUAGACGUGAUUUUUAAUGCUGUGAAGGCUGGUCUCAGGACGUUGAUUCCCAUCGAGCAGAAGUAUAUCGAGGAGGAGCCCAGAGUGUCCAAACAGCUGCUGUUGCGCAACUUCAACCGAGUUAGGCGCUGCAUCAUGUUCCUUAUCAACACAGGCUGCUACAUCAACAGCUGCUUCGAAUGGGACUCUCCACAGAGGAGCAUCUGUGCUUUUGUGCUUUUUGUCAUCGUCGUGUGGAACUUUGAACUCUAUAUGAUUCCUCUGGCGUUGCUGCUGCCUUUGGCCUGGAACUACAUCCUCAUCGUGUCAGGGAAGGAUACCAGGCAAGACGUGCAAGCAGUGGAGGACCUGCUGGAGGACGAGGAUGAGGAUUUUGACAAAGAUGACAAGGACCCUAAACCAGGCCCCUGGGAGGACAACUGUGAUAAAAACCAUAUCCUCGAGGAUAUGUUGGCUUCCUGGCACUUUGAGUGGAUACGAACGAUGGUGGACUCGGAGAGAAAGGGCUUCAUGAACAAGCUUUAUGCCAUUCAGGACGUGUGCAUCAGCGUGCAGAAUGCACUGGAUGAAGUGGCCUCCUAUGGCGAGAGGAUAAAGAACACAUUUAACUGGACUGUGCCUUUCUUAAGCUGGCUAGCCAUUGUGGCUCUCGGAGUGGCCACCACCAUCAUCUACUUCAUCCCUCUACGAUACAUUGUGUUGAUCUGGGGGGUGAAUAAAUUCACCAAGAAGCUGCGAGACCCUUAUACCAUUGACAACAACGAGCUGCUAGACUUUCUCUCCAGAGUGCCCUCAGAUGUACAAGUGGUGCAGUACCGAGAGCUGAAACUGGAUCCCAAUCCCAGUCCAAAUAAAAGGAAGAAAAACAACCCCGGGUAGAUGACUGUGUCCGCCCACCAACUCCUCUCUUCUCCACUUUUCUUCACUCUGUCUAUUACUGGACACUGAGGAGCGGAGGUAGACGGCUCUGGACCAGCUCAGCUCAACUGUCCUUCCCUUUUGUCUUUCCUAUUUUCUUCUCUUAACCCUUUUUUUCUGUCUAUAAUUACUCAUGAUGUACAGUACAGUUUCCUGAUGUGUAAUUUUGUAUAAAACAAGACAUGAAAUCCCAUGAAUUAUUAUCACCAUUAUGCUUUUGAUUGAUUUUAAAGGCGAGUGGGAAUGAUGGCUGGGAUGACCUUUUUAUCAGCCGUGUGAGCCACUCUCCUGGUUUCUUCCCUCCAUCACCCUGACAGCUUGGUGGACUCUGUCCAUUCGCUCGCCACAAGUGUCACACAAUGAGUACAAUGAGUUUGAACAUUUAUACUCACUGUCCCAAAAAGACAUAAUCAGUGCAUCCAUGUUUAUCAAAAUACAAGCCUUAUACUAACAUUCUGCGUUAUCAAUCUACAAAGGACUUUUAAGUGUUUUUUUUCUCAUAUUGAACUUAUUAAAUGAGUUUGGUAAUAUGUUUAUAUUUUCUAAUUGUUUUUGUACUGAAGUAUCUUUUGUUUUCUUCCCCUCUUGGAUGUGGUAAUGAUGUUAUGUUCACUGGCAGUAAUUUGGAUUGCCUGCACUUAACUCAGCCAGCCAAGUUGAUUAGCAAUUACAGUGGUAGCCUCCAGAUAUGUCCUUCUACACAAACACAAAACUGGACCAACAAGCUGAAGGCUUGUGGUGGUAUCUGUCUGUGCUUUCAAACAAUGCCCAAAUUAGCUUUUCUAAAGACAAAAAAAUCAAACCACAGUGGACAGUGAUAUUAUUUUAAAGUACAGUGAGUCUGUAUUUCUUAAAAUAGAUAGUGAUUACAUAAUCAUCACUAAAUAUUACCCUGAGGAAAAAAGAACAACACGGUUAAGAAUUAGACAGUUAGUGUUAUGCCCUAAAUAUUUAUCACUAUUAAAUGCCCAGAUAACUUAGCCUCCUUUAAAACAUGUCAAAACCUCUAUCUAUCUAUCAGUCAGUCAGUCAGACAGUCAGUGAUCCACAUUCUCUGUCUGUCAGGAGGCGCAGCAGACUGGGCCUUCUGCUGUCGUGGUGUUAAUAUAGAUGUCACCCAGUCUAUGCAGAGUGUCGCCAGGCAGGCAGGCCUUUAGGCAGCCACAGCCCUAAUCUUGUUUGAAAGGCUGGUCUCCUUUCCUCUCAUCUCCCUGUGUGUUUGCCUCGGCGGCCACACACGAGAGCAUUCACGCAUGCAUAAGCAUGCAGACAUACACACACACACACACACACACACACACACACACACACACACUCACAAAAAAACACCCUCUCACGUGAAUACACUGCUCACGUACAGAUACUGCACCUACUUGCUCACAGAUGAAAACAUAACAUCCCAUUUUGAGCAGGCACAUUUUCUCAGGCACACACACACGCACUCACACAAACAUGCUCUCUGUGAUGCUGUGCCCCAGGCUGGCCGCCCUCUCCAUCUGCCCCACCUCCUGUGCCCACAGCUCAACUUUGAUCUGUCUUUCCAGAGACAGAGGCUUGUAUAUGUGAACUGUGCAAGAGUGUUUGCGUAUACAUGUUUAUGCAAUCAAAGACAUGUUGCUUUUCUCAGCGUUGGUGUGUGUUACAAUUGUAUCUCGCCUCCAGCUGUAGACUGAUGUGUAGAUUCAGUUGGUUGGUGUGUGAAUGAGUGAGUGAGUGAGUGUGUGUGUGUGUGUGUGUGUGCGCAGCAGAAGUGCCAGCUGUUAUUUGGUGUGCUGGUGUAGAAGGCCGUCAGCUAGAUGAGCAGCAAGUCGCUGUGUGACAAGACAAGGCUCUGAGGGGACUUAGGCCUGAGAUGUCAGGGAUGGAGGGAUGUGUGUGUGUGUAUGUGUUUUUUUUUUAUGCUAUUUCAUAUCCUUCCUCCCAUCAUGCCGCUCUCCGUUUGCUCUCUCUGCGGUUCCCUCAUUCGUCAGUGAGCGGGGUUGCGACCCUGUCUGAAGGGACGGUCUCCUGGGCUUCUGGUUGAGCAUCUGUUGAAAGAUCACAGCUCAGGCUACAUUUGAGGAGGUCUCCUCUCAUCCUACUGAUCCCUGCUGCCGCCACCCUCCCCAAAACCCCCACCCUACAUCUUUUUGUUCCCUUUUACCCCCCCCCCUUGUCUGUCUGUUUGUCUGUCUCUCUGUCUAUCUUUAUCACUCUAAACCCCCUUAGCAGCAACUAGAGCUCUCCUCUGCCAUUUUGUCAUCCUCUCGCCUUGCCUGUCUGUCUGCUUGCCAUCACCUCCUUGCUCUCCUGCUCGCUGCCUCCCUCUUUACCCAUCCAUCUCCAUGCUUAAAUAUCAACAGGCUCGGAUCUGUCACUCCAGAGGGCCAUUGAUUUUGUUUUGUUGUUUUGAGGAAUCCACUUGAAAGACAAUAACAGACUGUCCCCGAAGAGCAGCGUCGCAGACUGAUUAUAGCCUCCUCAACAAACACACUCUGUGGCUCGUGAAGGAUGGCUUUUUAUAAUGCCUGAAGGGACUGUUUGAAUACCUGAUAUGUAUGUGUCUACUACUGUAUGUAGUUAUUUUACAGCAAAUUGUGGUGACUAUUGUGUGGUAUUGCAUCCAAAUGCUGUCUUUUUUGUUGUCAUUUAUUUGGUUUUGGUUCUGUUUGCAAGCAAACCAAAGUGUUUUUAUUUUGUAUGUUGAAGAGAAAAAUAAAUUAUAUAAAGGAAUGUAUCAGACUGACAGCUGUAAAGGGAAAAAAAAGCACUUUUAUUUGCACCGGGUUGAAAUGAGACUUUAUUUUUUAAAUGAUACUGUACAUAGCUAACUACUUAUUAAUUUAUGGUUGUAUUUUAUACAGUAUGCCUGUUGAUAGUCUGGUGAUGAUAUUGUUAAGUAGGUGUAUGCCUGCCUCAUUUUCUAAGAUCUGUCUUUUUCCGCCUGCAAUGUUGCCUGCCUGUGACAUCAUUUUCGUGUGCCCAGUUCUGACCAGUGACAGUUCAGGACAGGAAUAAUGUUGGAGCUGAGACGUGGGUAGGGGUGAAAGAAAAUGAGAUGUAUAUUUCUGGUCAAAUGCACCUGAUGUAUGUUGCUUAUUUUGAAAGAAAAAAGAAACAUGAGAUUAAAUAUUUUUUAUCAUCUUC